AACAUAUUUCUUCCCACAAAGUUGAAAUCAUACAUAUAUGUAUAUGUAUAUUAAGUUUUAUAUUUUUAUUUUUUUACCAACAGUUGAAUAGUAAGCAUUAUUCUGAUGUUAUUUAAUUAUUCUUCAAACAUGUUACUUGGAACAAAUAGGUUGCAGAAUAAUUCCCCAACAUUGAAAAAUUAUGGAGUUCCUUUUGAUCCACUCUUCUACCAUAAUAGCUUGCAAACACUUUUUUUUUUUAGCUAACAAAUACAGCCAUUGAAAUAUUAAGUCUCAUGGAACUCUUUCCUGAGCUUUUGUAGCAACGUUUGGUAAUAACAGUAUCACCAAGCACGUUCCCUGGGGAUAGCAACAGGUGUCCCUUCAAAGACAUGCUGACUCCACCUCACUUGCUUCUCACCUGGUUGAUCAGAGGAACCAGCUGUAAUACAGAAUGUCCUUCUUUUUGGUGACUGCUAACAUACUUCUUCACAGUGCAGUGUCUACAGAGGAGCUGCAGGCCCAUCCAUUCACUGAUGUUACCCUCUCCUGUCGUUUCUCCUUUGUGAAGGGCACCGAAAAUCUUGAGUUUUCUUGGGAAAGAGAAGACAUCAAAGAGGAAUAUGAGGUAGAGGAUGAUAAAGAAAAUUACUUCUUUUUCAAGUACUAUGAUUUUUUUUUAAGUUUUCUCGAAGUGGUUUUCCAGUUUCACAAUAACACAGAGCAACUGGAAGAUCAAAACUCCUUGUAUGAGGGAAGAGUAUCUGUGGAUCAGGCUGAAAUUUCUGAGGGGACUCUAUCACUUUUACUAAUAAAUGUGGAUUUCAUGGAUGAAGCUAUCUACAAGUGCUCAGCCAUCACACCAGAUGGAAGAGGUGAAAGUACAAUUAAGCUAAUGGUAGAAGCAGGGUAUCUGGAGUUCAGUGGAGAAACUGGAAUGAAUCCACUCAAAGAGGGGAAGUUUCCAAAAAAUAAAGACAGCAGUGUUAGCUAAGAACUGAAAGGCAGGAGCAUACAUGUGUCCUGUUCUUCUCUUACUAUGCUUGGAUCAAAAUUUUAACUACAGUGAACCUCAAGACUCUGAAAUGCCCCAGGUGCAGUUUGACAGGAUUGAUGAUGAGGAUGUGGCCACAUGCAUCUCAAAAGGACUGGUACCUCACGCCCAUUGUGACAUGGCUGGACCGGGCAGGGAGGGACCUGAGCAACCACAGCAUCGUGGAAAUCCUGGAGGAGCAGAUGAAUGGCUUCUGCAGGGUGUUCCCCAACCUGAAAUACCUUGUCAAGUUAAAUGAGAAAUAUGUCUUCACAUAACAGAGACAGAUGUGAACAACCAGCUCUUCAGAAUCAUCCACAAGUACCCAAGUAAGUGCAAAUCUGAAAGGAACAGUGAAAGUGGGGUGCAUUUCACCACAAA